CCGCGACGCCGCGCCCGAGCGAGCCGCCGAGCGAGCGGAGCCAGAGCGCUGCGGGCUCACAAAGCGGCGGGACGCGCGGCGGCGGCGGGCACAGGAGCGCAGCGCAGCUCGCGGCUUGAGCAGCCACAGGAGCUCGGGCGACUCGGAUCCGGCGACCCGGGCCGGCCCCCAAGAUGCCCGCGAUCGCGGUGCUCGCGGCGGCGGCGGCGGCGGCGUGCUGCUUCCUGCAGGUGCAGAGCCGCCACCUGGACGCGCCGGCCGCCCGCCCCGACCGCGGCCACCUCCUGGACAACGACCAGUGGCUCAGCACCGUCUCUCAGUACGACCGGGACAAGUACUGGAACCGUUUCCGAGACGAUGAUUACUUCAGAAACUGGAAUCCCAACAAGCCAUUCGACCAAGCCCUGGAUCCCUCCAAAGACCCCUGCCUGAAGGUGAAGUGCAGCCCCCACAAAGUGUGCGUGACCCAGGACUACCAGACGGCCCUGUGCGUCAGUCGCAAGCAUCUACUGCCCAGGCAGAAGAAGGGCAACGUGGCCCACAAACACUGGGUGGCACCCGCCAGUCUGGUCAAGUGCAAGCCCUGUCCCGCCGCGCAGGCGGCCAUGGUCUGCGGCUCCGAUGGCCACACCUACACUUCCAAGUGCAAGUUGGAGUUCCACGCUUGCUCGAUGGGGAAAAACCUCGCCACCCUCUGCGAUGGGCCCUGUCCCUGUCUCCCGGAGCCCGAGCCACCGAAACCUAAGGCGGAAAAGAACGCCUGCACAGACAAGGAGCUGCGGAGCCUGGCAUCCCGGCUGAAGGACUGGUUUGGAGCCCUGCACGAGGACGCCAACAGGGUCAUCAAGCCCACCAGCCCCGACACGGCCCAAGGCAGGUUUGACACCAGCAUCCUGCCCAUCUGCAAGGACUCCCUGGGCUGGAUGUUCAACAAGUUGGACAUGAACUAUGACCUCCUGCUGGACCACUCGGAGAUCAACGCCAUCUACCUGGACAAGUAUGAGCCCUGUAUCAAACCUCUGUUCAACUCCUGCGACUCCUUCAAGGAUGGCAAGCUCUCCAACAAUGAGUGGUGCUACUGCUUCCAGAAGCCUGGAGGUCUCCCUUGCCAGAAUGAAAUGAACAGGAUUCAGAAACUCAGCAAGGGGAAGAGUCUGUUGGGAGCAUUCAUACCUCGAUGUAAUGAGGAGGGAUAUUACAAAGCCACGCAGUGCCACGGCAGCACUGGUCAAUGCUGGUGCGUGGACAAAUACGGGAAUGAGCUGGCCGGCUCUAGGAAGCAGGGUGCCGUGAGCUGUGAAGAGGAACAGGAAACCUCGGGGGACUUUGGCAGCGGCGGCUCUGUGGUCCUGCUGGAUGACCUGGAGGAUGAGCGGCAGCCCCAGGACACACUGGGGAAGCUGCGGGUACACACCCGGGCGGUGACGGAGGAUGACGAGGAUGAGGAUGAUGACAAAGAGGACGAGGUGGGGUACAUAUGGUAGUGCCCGCCGGGAGGAAGGACCCGGGCCAGUACUGAACUGCAAGUCCCUGCUUCCUGUCCCCGCAUCCGCGUCUAAGCACGUGGCGGGCCAGGCUUCGCCUCCCCCCGGGCUCUCUGCCUCCGAGGGUCUGCACGCGCUCUUGUUCUGGCCACCGGCUUGCUCUGCACAGCAGGUGGGUGGGAAGAAGGGGGUCGCGCUUUGCUUUCAGACAGGGGAAUGGCGGGCCCCGUUCAAGCCGCCUUCCGUAAGGUUUUUUUGCACCAAGCAUGUGAUUUCUGUGGGAUUCUGACAAUGCAGGGAGCCCCCCCCAACUCCACCCCCCACCCUCUAUAUGUCCAAGCCCCGUCUUGACGGCCCCCCGUCCACACACCGGUGGUUAUUACAGCAUGGUUCCCGGCCUUACGGUGUCUUAAGUGCUUCUCUUGUGUCCUGUAGAUGUCGUGGAAAACACACCACACUGUCCCCUUUCUCCUGCCACCCCAGCCCACCCCUUGACGUUUUAUUCUGAAAAAUACGUUCUUCACAUCACUUGAUCUGGCUUCCCACAAACAACAGCCUUAAUUCAGUCAGGAGUCCCUCUGGGGGUGUGAUGCUCCACAGCGGUGUGUGGAUGCCAGUGUGUGCCACAGACACACCGGUUCACACACCUCCGGGAGAAAGCAUUUGGGGAGCUCCUUACACCUCAUCUGAAAAACAAUCUACCAACCUGUCAGCUUGUCCAGACUCGAAUGGCAAUCUCUCAAAUAAGACGUGCCCAUCAGAACCCUUGCUUUGCACUACCCGGCACCACUUUCAGCCUGCAGGCUGGGGCUUCCCCCUCUCUGCCCUGGCGGAGCUGCUGGGAGCCUUUUUGAUUGGGCUAAGCCUCCGCCUGCAUCACAGCCCUGCAGAAGCCAUGUGACUCCCAUGUGGGUGGCGUCCCAAGCCAUUGCUCUCUCUGUCUCUCUCUGGCUCUCCCUCCAGUCUCCCCCUCCCCACCUCUGGCCUCAGCAGGCCUGUCUCUUGCAGGCUCCACCCCCACCCCCGACAGGACCUAAUCAAGGGCUUUUUUUGAGGGCAUGUACACAUAAGCGUCAACGGGACCACAGGUUCCUGAAAAGAGGAGUGCGCCCCAGGCUUUAAAAUAUGUUGCUCCACACUCCUUUUCUAGCCACAGCUCAUGAUGAGGGUCCACCUGGAUCUCACUCAUCGUUUUGUCAAGAAUCCACAGGUAGAGCCUGGAAAGGACCAUGCAGCAGAACUUGGGAAGCUGGUGGGGUGGGGGGCUUUUAGAGCCAGCCCUCUUCCACCCACCCUAGGAUCACAAUGCUCGGGAAGAAAGCCCUUCCCCCCUGGCCUUCCCUCUUCCCAAGUUGACACAUUCGACUCUUGUUUCAAAUCUGACAGCAUCACCAACUCUGUACCUGGGAGGUCGUUGCUCCUGACCAGGCUGCCCAUCCCUCCUCCCUCCCACCCAGCUACCAAAGAGCAGUCUUCAAAGUGGUCCCAUUUGGUUCAGUUCACCUGGCCCCCUGGUUCCCACCUGCUGAGAAGCGCUCAUUAGCCAGCCGCCAGGCCCUCUGGCCCACACUGGUUUACUUCCCUUACCCCAGGAGCUCUAGCCAGCCCACAGGAAGACCACAGCAACUCAGGCAAAAAUAGAUUCAGUCAAACCCGGAUCACAGGGCAGCUGACCAAUUUCGUACUCCAAAUUAACGGCAUCUUUCGACUCACCUACAACUAGCAUUUCCCAGUCCUUGCACUGGCUGGGCAGUGGCCGGGUGGUUAGAGUGAGUCUGAACUGGGACUGGACGUGCCUGGAAGCACCCACUCCUGCCGACCAGGACCUGCACCAGGCACAAAAUUAUAACUUAGAAUACAGGUGCUUAAUUGCUCCCCAAGUUACAAUAGUGUAAUAAAAGAAUGAAGAUUUUUUUUUUUAAUUUUAGCCUCCCUUUUAGACCAUCAAAGAAAAACCAUUGUUACGAUCUCCUCCUAGUUCACAGGAAUCCACCAGAGAACAAAUUAAAAUCGACAAAUUGACUUCACUUAGAGAAACUUCUAGGAAGUGAACCACUGAUUUUCAUUUGCCUAAUUAUCUUAUGACAAGUGUCAAAUUAAGAUGACACUUGAAGAUCCUUAACAUUACUUAAUGACGGAGAAGAGUGCUCCGUAGUUAAAUCCCAGUAAGGUAAUAAGAUGUUCAUUUUCAGAGAUCUUCCAAGAAGAUCUUUUGAUUCAUUAAAAUAUUAAAUAAAAAGCCUCCGGAGGCCGGAGCCCCACCAGGAGUGAUGCCAUCAUCACUUCUCUGGCCUCCCCCUGAGUAGCAGCGGGAAAUUUCUCACGCAACUUCCGUCCUUCUGAAGGACUCAGAGGAGACUUUUUAUUUAUCCUUACAAGCAGAAGUUUUAUUUUCCUCUGGUUUUUUAUUGGCAGGAGUCCUUUAAGAAAAAAACAAAACACUCCUACUGUGCUAAUCCAAUCCCACACUGAGACAGGUCUUGAGUGGAUCUAUCACCAAUUAACUCCUUCUGGAAACUCUUGAUGAAAAGUGUCACUCUGAUUUCACAAAUGGCCCUUGGAUUUCGUACCAUUUCCUUGGCAUCCCACCCGAGUUUCCUUCCACAUGGUCGCCUGCCCUCCCAGCGUCUUUCUGCAUCUGCCAAUCAUCCAGGCAUGGGGAUACCUUAAUGCUCCAUUCAGGGUUUUAUAUCCGCUUCCCUUUCCUUCCUCCCCUCCCCGCCUGCCAGGUGACGGACGUGACUGUCUGCCCAGGUCUGCCCCCUGGCCUUCCCAGAUGCCAUCACAUUGGUUGUCGUUUUCUUCCUUUGGCCACACUGUACAAUAACAUCAAGAGCCCUUUCUACAGUGGGUGGUUUUGGUCUUUUUAUACCUUUUUCUCAGAGUCACUGGUGUCCGUCCCUGUUCUGUGUGCAGCAUUGUAGUGAGAGCCGCUACCCCUGAGUGUCCGUUCGUUCGUUGUCCCUAUUGUAGACAAAGUAGUAAAGUAGCAAAACCUAGUGAAUUCUGAAUGCUUUUCCACGUAGACUUCUCUGGAAUGUGAACAUGACUCUUUGGUUAAUAGUAAAUGCUUAACUGUAGUCCUGAGUAGGUGCAUUUCUGUCUGUCUCAAUAAAUUUUAAUUUGUCUGCAGUA